GAACAAAGUGGUGGUGGAUUAUAACAAACUGAUAAUAAGAGAUCUCUUGGAGAGGAAGACUGGAGACGUGGAUCUCACAGAGGAAGACAUAAAAACAAUAAAUGACCAGCAGAGCAAAGAAACCCUGCUACUGGAAUUAGAAAGCCAUCGACCUUCCCCCACCUCCACCCCGUCCUGGCAGCCGCUUGCUGAGACUUCUGAAACCAGAAUGUGGAAAAAUCUCCCCCGAAGAAAUUUCCCUGAGCCAAACAGGAGCUGGGCCCAGCCCGGGGUGGCUGGCCAGGGGAAUCGCCAGCAGGAGCAGAGCAGAGGGAAGGAAGUUUUAUCCCUGGACCCGGACAUGGCUCACCCUAACCUGGUGAUCUCGAAGGACGGGAAGGAGGUGACAUGCGUCAGUCAAGAGAGGUUUGUCGACUCCAGCCCGAGGCGAUUCGACAUGACGAACUGCGUGGUGGCCAAGCAGAGCUUCAGCACGGGGCAGCACUACUGGGAGGUGUCCGUGGGCUGGAAGCGGCGCUGGAACCUGGGCGUCGUCUCGGACCGAGCCAGGAGGCAGGGGAGGUUGAUCAGCAUGAAGAGGUGGCCAUGGCCCCCUCGCAAGGUCUGCACCGAGGGCUACUGGCUGAUUGGCUACCACCAGCAGAAGGCCGGGAAGAAGUACUGGAUAUUUGACACUAAUCCAUGGUCCCUGGAUAUCCAUCCCCACCCUGAGACCAUAGGGGUCCACCUGAACUACACGGAUGGGGUGGUCUCCUUCUACAACGCUGAUCACCCCAACACACUGACCCACAUCCACACUUUCCACACAUCCUUCGACAACACGCCCGUCUAUCCCAUCUUUGACCCCUGCUGGCACGACAAGGGGGGCAACACACAGUCCCUCAAGACCCUGUGAGCUGCCAGCUCCGUGGCAUCCCAGGGCGCCUCAUCCAAUGGCCACCGCUUGGCAUAUUUAGCUCUGCCCCUCCCGGGGACUUCCCUUGUCUGUGGGCCAAGGAAAGACAGAAAUUGCCACUGUCCCAGAGACGGGGAUGGAUCCCUCCAGCUCGGUCACUUAUUGUCGCCAGCUGCUUCAGCAACACCCUCGAGGCCAGUAAGAGAAUAACUCACCCUUACUGGACAUUUCUUCCUGACCACCAAUAGGCAAAGGUGGCUUUACAGCCCUGAAGCAUGAAGACUGGGAGCUCUGAGGCCAUUUUGCUCCUAACAGAAGUCAGGAUGUUCCCAUAAUCCCUAUAAACCUCCACUGGUUUUCUGACCCCCUCGGCUGCCGCGACAUCCUGUAGCAGUGAGUUCUGCUGGCUCAUUGUCGCUGUUCUCCUGCAUGGCGCUAAGAGAUCGUUAAACAAGCUGGGCCGCUGCAUGGCCCAUGGGACACACUUUAUGGUGUUAUUAAUGCCAAUAUGUAUCAUUGCGAUGACUCUGAGCAGAGAGACCACGUGCAGGGUCAGUGAAAACGUCAUGAUUGGCCAAGGAGGAUGUUGUUUAUCAUCUUUGUAUGGUGAGUUACAGGUGUGUGUGCAGGGGGGUAGAUCUGGUGACUCCCCCCCCCCGACAGAUUGGCAGCAGCACCAGGCAGUCUGUCCGAUGGCCCCCCAAAGGCCAUCAGCUGGGCAAUGAAGGCGCUUGCAGAAGCCACGUAGGGCCAGGCCCGUGGACAGGAGACUCCAAGAGCUUCUCCAGGCCCACGCGCUGUGUGUUCGGGACAGAGGACGGACGAGCCGCAUGGCAAAGGACAUGGCAGCUGCAUCAGCUCCAGUUGGUCUCAAUCCUGCUUCCCACCUCCGGAGUCCCUGCUCUGCCAACGAAGCUCUGAGCAUGGGACGGACUGGCCCAGCCCAGCCGUGGGUGACUCCAGAGGGACUUUCAAGCCAGCAACCUCCCCAGCGCUGCUAAGAACCUGAUCUCUGGACUCUGACGUCUGCGUUCGUUACCACUGAGCCACUCUCCUCUUGUUCUUUCCUACAAAACCGUUAGUUUUAGAUGCUGAAGGAUUGGCCAGCAGUGCGGGAUUUUGCAUAAAAUCCAAACUACUAUUGACCUGGCAACGUGCCUCACGCUUUGGGGUCGGAAGAACAUUUUGUAGAGUGAGCAGAGUGUUUAGAUAACUUCGCCCUGGACUGGACCUGGUGCUGGCUGGGACCAGAGAACUGGAAUGCAGUAAAGGGCGGGGGGGGUGAUUGCUUUUUUCAGCUUCUUAAUAACUCAGGGUGUCUCAAACUGGGGGCUGGGACCUCUCAGGGGGUCGCGAGGUUAUUACGGGGGAGGGGUGUCACAA